AUGAGCCGGGUUCGCAAAGUGGACCGACACAUACUCGAUGAUUCGAGUUAUCUUGAUAUUGACGAUCAGGAGGAAUUGCUUCGCCAGUUUUCGAAGGGAAACCAGGGGUUCUACAAGAUGUACAGUCGGGUGUUGAUGAUAUUUGAGGUGGUGCAGGUUAUAGUGGUGAUGGUAUUGAAUAAGGUGUCGCCGAUACCGAUGAUGAGUGCGGUAUUGGCGUCGAUUAUCCUUUCGCUCGUCGAGUUGACGGAGUUUGAGUAUCGGUGGGCGGUUAGAGGGACCAAUGUGGUGGUGGUGUUGUUGUUAUUGUACCAUGUUGACUGGGAGCAUUUGGUAUAUGUACUUCCGGCUAUCAACUUGGGAUGCAACUACUAUUUGACAAGGUCGCACCGGUAUUUGGCGCGCGAUAUAGGGGGAUUGGACGGGUUGAAGUACAAGUUCAAGAGUGUAUAG